UCCGGGAUCGAUAGAGGGCGUUCUACUUGAAAAACUCUCAUCUCGUCUCAGCGAGUUUGAUUUUGAUCCGCGCUGUAUUUUAUAUUUUUCAGGAACUUUUCUCCUCUUUGAUAUCAUCAGCUGUCAUCAUGAGUUUACGUCUAGAGCCACUGCAUCCAAAUAAUGGAGACGCUCCCGACAAUGAUGCAGCAAACCAGAAACUGAAGAUGUUGGCAGCUAGCAACAGAUGCUGCAAAUGCUGUGGUCUGACUGCCAAGCUAGGCGUACAGGAUGAGUGGUUUGUCAGGGAUCCCUGUGGCAUUGUCUGUGCAGUCUUCACCUAUCUCCUCAUAGCCUACGGCACGUUCGCUGUCAUGACAUGCCUUCUCCUUCCCAGGGGUCUAGAUCUCUACACAAUCUUUCAUGGUAUCCUCUUCUGCAUAUUGUCGGGCAACUCGGUGGUGUCCCACGUACGCGCAAUGAUGACCGACCCUGGAGCCAUACCGUUAGGUAACGCCACCAGGGAACACAUCAAUAACAUGGGUCUCAGUGUGGGUCAGGUGGUGUAUCGCUGCCCAAAGUGUAUCAGCAUCAAACCGGAGAGGGCUCACCACUGCAGUAUCUGUAGGAGGUGUAUCAAGAAAAUGGACCAUCAUUGUCCUUGGGUGAACAACUGUGUUGGUGAAAGCAACCAGAAGUUCUUUGUCUUAUUUACGAUGUACAUCAUGUUGAUGUCUCUCCAUGCAAUCAUGUUGAUUCUCUUUCAUUGCCUUUUGUGCGUUCGGUCGCAGUGGGGACCGGAGUGUCUGUACUUCUCGUCUCCAGCCACCAUCAUCCUCAUCAUGAUCUUGACCUUUGAAGCUCUUCUCUUCUCCCUCUUCACAGCCAUCAUGUUUGGCACACAGGUCUACUCCAUUUGUACCGAUGAAACGGGCAUUGAGCAACUCAAGCAGGAGAAGCCAACCUGGGUCAAGAAGACACGUUGUAUGUCCAUGAAAUCAGUCUUCGGCCAGAAGAUGUCUCUGGCUUGGCUGAAUCCGUUUGUCUCCCCAGAUACCAAAUGGGGAAAAGAGGAAGUGUACAUGUACAGCGUAUGACUAGGCCGUAGUGUCUAGGGUCCAAAGGAAUUCCAUAACACAACAAGUGCUUCUUGUAUUUAUUUCAAUCACGGGUUCAAACCUAAGUGACUUUUUUUUGUAAUCUUUUUCAAAUGAAAUAAAUUUUUGUUGAAUUUGUUUUUUCUGUGAAUAUCAGUGUUUGCCUGGCCGAUCAAAUAAAAAACAAAUCUUUGUUGAAAAAUGCACUAAUUUCAAUGAAAAUAUUUAACUUUAAAGUACACUGCAAAAAUGUUGUACACAAUUUGCUCAGUGUGAAUGGUUCAAUAUAAUGUGUGUUUUGUCUGGUGAAAUUUGGUAAAUGUAAAUUUCAUGAACUUUUUGAGCCAGUGAAUCGAAUUUGCAGAAAAUUUUUAACAAAGAGAGAAAAAAGGGUAGGAUCAUGCCGGAAAAUAUAUGCAUAAUGAAUGAUUUUUUAGAUCAUGUUCUGUCUGUACAUACAGGAAAUUGUUUGCUAAUGGGGAAUGGUGGUUUAAUUCUGUGUUCAUGUUAAAUGUUUCAAGACAGCAUUGUUUUGGUUGAGAUGACGUACAAAUUUGACAGUUUUUCAACUUGGUGCACCAAGUUGAACUUCCAAACUGAAGCCUUCCUGAAAUUUGUCUCUCGUUCAUAGUGAUCAGUCUUUCAUAUUUUGUGUCAUUUAGACUUGUUUGAGGUAAAACUCCACCGGGUAUGUGUGUAUAUUUGAGACGUUUAUCUGUUAUUUUAGAUGUGAAAUGACUAUUAUGACUGAUCUGGACACCAUUGUUGUAGUCAAGUCCAUCACAAGUCCUCACAAGUCUUCACAAUUCCUAAAUAGUCCUAACAAGUACUCGCACAUCCAUCACAGGUUCUCACACGUCCACCACAAGUCCAUCAAAAGUCCUCACAAAUCCUCUCAAGUCCUCACAAGUCCUCACAAGUCACCACAAGUCCUCUCAAGUCCAUCACAAGUCCA